ACAAAUUUCCUUUAAACAGCCCAGGACAGACUAGCAGCUCUAAACCGGACAAUAUGGCCAGAACUGAGACAAAACGUCAGAUCAAGUUGUCAAGUGUACUUUCCCUACAGCAGACCCUCAGAGAUGGCGUGCAUAAAGGCCUCAGUGAAAUGUUCCGCAACCAUAAAUUUGUAGGCUGUGUAAACGAGGAAUUUUCUCUGAUGCAGCACCAGACAAUGCUGUACCUAGUAAAUACUACUGCUGUGAGCAAGGAGCUGUUCUACCAAAUAAUUCUAUUCGACUUUGGUAACUUUGGAAAUCUAAGACUCUCG